UUGAUUAUUUAUUUCUUUUACGCACGGCUGCCAACUGCCCGUCGAAAGUUAGACAUCGUUUUAACGCGCCUCGAGAAGGAAGCGUUCAUACCUUUUCCGAUAAAUAGAAAAAGAUGGAAAGAGCACACCAGGCGUACUUGACUCGUUCCUUACACUUGAUCGCCUGCAGGGUUACUAUUUUGGUCUUUCUUUGCUUGUAUUUUCACCAUUCUUUCGCAGCUUUAACAUUAAAAUAAAUCAUACAAAAAUGUCACAAUUGGAGUUAGAUCCUCAAUUUACACAAGGUUUACAUCUUCUACAUUCCACUAACAAAGAUUCUGCAGAACAACUACGAGCACUGUUAGAUGAAGCAAUCAAACAGAAAUAUGGACCAUCAAAGAUGUUAUCGAAUGUAUUACACAAAAAGUAUAUGAUGGAGGAACCAGUGCUGAGUGACCAUAGUAGCAGCAGUAGUAGUAAAAAAAGCAAAAGCUCUUCAUCUUCUUCCUCCAAACACUCAAGUAAAUCAAGCAAGAACAGCUCUCCAGUGAAUUUACCAACCCGUGACACACCACCUGAUAUUAUUCAGACUGAUAAUACUCUGGCACUAGAAAUAUUAGAGGAUGAUCUGACAUGUGUUAUUUGCAAAGGAAUGGAUGUUGGAGCAAGAAAUAGACUUGUCGAGUGCCUAGAGUGUCAUUCCUUGUAUCACCAGGAAUGUCAUGUACCACAUAUUGUAGAUUCUCAGAUAGAUGUUCCAGCUCCAGUGUGGUAUUGUUCAAACUGUUCAAAAUCUCAGGUCUCAAAAGAAAGGAGCUCACCAAAAACAGUGAUAGAAAACAAAUCUAAAGAACAGAAAAAAUGUAAUUCAAGUGGUGCAAAUAAAGUAACACCAAAUAUUCAUAUUAUAAGUGCAGAUAGAAGAUUAAAGGAUAUGAUGAAAAAAGCUAAGCAAGAUAAACGAAGCACAAAUACAACUCAAAGUUCAAAGAAUUCUUCAUCCAAUUCACCAGCACUGUCUUCAACAAAAUCUCAGGAAAAAUCACUUCUGUACAAAAUCAAGUCAGGUGUAGAAUGAAAGUCAUUUUUAUGAAUAUUGUGACGAUAUUUUAUGACAUAAAAAAGACUUAAACAAAUUUUUUGACACGAGUUGAUUAAAUAAUUGA